AUGACUGCAGCAGCGGAUCUCUCUGCUGAAGCAGAGCUUUACUUCAUUCCCGGUACCGUCCAUCUUCUAGACCUACAGGGACAUAUGAAUGUCAGGCAUGCUGCCGACCACACAGAUGUCGUCCUUGUCCCUGCCCCAUCUAACCAUCCUGAUGACCCCCUAAACUGGUCUCCCCGUCGCAAGCACCUGUCCGCCUUCUGCAUGGCACUGUAUGUCGGUUGUUCCUCCUCGUCACCCUUCACUGACAGUGCUUGGAGAUAUGUGCUGGUGGUGGGUAUCUGCGCAUCCAUGCUUUACUCAACGUUGGCGACACUUUCGAAGAAAAGCGGGCUAAGUGUCAACAACCUGAAUGCGGGCACCGGCUAUAUGUUUCUCACCUAUGGUUGGGGUUGUGUCCUCUUCCAAGCCCUAGCAUUACAGUACGGCAAGAGACCCGCCUACCUAAUCUCUCUCCUGGGCACGAUAGCGAUAAUGGUUUGGCAGCCAUUCAUCACGAAGAACGGCGAAUGGAUUGCAGCAAAGCUCUUGCAAGGCCUUUUCGGUGCCCCAAUGGAAUCUCUCGCUGAAAUCUCCGUAUCGGAUGUUUUUUUCACCCAUGAGCGAGGUCUCUAUAUGGCCAUUUAUGCCAUGGCCCUGGCCUAUAGCAAUAAUUUGGCGCCUCUCAUGAUGGGAUUCAUUAAUGAUGGCCAGAGCCUGGAGUGGACCUUUUACUGGUGUGCCAUCUUCUGUGGCUUCGCCCUCCUGUUCUGCUUCUUCUUUAUGGAAGAAACAAAUUUCCCCCGCUCCAACAUCACUGGACAGGAAGAAGCCUAA